AUGGCUCUGCAGGUGUCAGAGUUAGUGGGGCAGCUGGAAAGACUCUUCGAUGGUCCCUCUGUUUCUCAGUCUAUGGGGGAAAAGGCUAUAAAUAUAAUCAGCAACCUUAUGGACGGAGAUCCACAGGCUCUCGCUGCAUCUGCGAACAGGUUGCCUGUGGACGGGACCCAGUUUGUUACAACAACGGCCAAUAUCUUCAGCACUAACAAUGUUCAGAUCAAUGCGCGCAGAGCCAGGUCGACGAAAGCUCCUCUGGGCUCAGUGUUUUUACCUGCGUCCCUCACUGAAGGUCUGAGUCCAAAGGAGAAGCAGAGGGCCAACAGAGUGCAGUUCACUUUCUACACCAAGAGCACACUGUUUAUGGAUACAACACUAAAUGACAAAACUACACUCAGUCCAGUUCUGGCCUCCAGUGUGGCCAAUUUGUCCAUAAGAAACCUCAGGGAAGACAUUGAAUUCACAAUAAGAAAUGUCAACCCCAUAAAAAUUAACCACUCCUCUGCGUGCGUGUUUUGGGACUUCACAGAAAAUGGUGGUAAGGGGGGCUGGAGCAAUGUUGGUUGCCAUGUUGUCCGCGUUACAGCUGACGACACAACAUGUAGCUGCAACCACCUCACAUCAUUCGCAGUGCUUUUGGAUUUGUCCAGACAGGGAAUAACAGACCGUCAGCAGGCUCAGCUCCUCACUUUUAUCACCUACAUCGGCUGUGGAGUCUCUGCUGUGUUUUUGUCGGUCACCAUUCUCACGUACCUCUUAUUUGAAAAAUUAUUGCGGGACAUUCCAGCCAAGAUCCUGGUUCAGCUCUGCAUGUCUCUGCUUCUUCUAAACCUGGUGUUUUUGGUUGACGGCUGGUUGGCUCUCUUUAGCGCGAACGGACUAUGUAUUAGCACAGCCUUCUUUCUGCACUACUUCCUGUUGACAUCGUUCACGUGGGCGGGGCUUGAGGCUCUGCACAUGUACUUCAGUAUAGUCCGUGUGUUCACUCCGUACUUCAGCAAAUACAUGACCAAGUUCUCCCUUAUGGGCUGGGGUAUCCCUCUGAUUGUGGUGGUCAUUAUAAUCUCAGUGGACAAAAACAACUAUGGCCUGAUCUCAUAUGGAAGAUACACAGAUGGAACGUCAGAUGAUUUCUGUUGGCUGCGUAAUGACUUGGUUUUCUACAUUGGCGUUGUGGCCUACUUCCUCCUGAUGUUCGUCUUUUGUCUGGUGAUGUUUGUGGUGGUGAUGGUCCAACUUGCCCGAAUAAAGAGACAGAACCCCCAGAACCAGUCUCCAAACCGGGGGACCCUCUCAGACCUGCGCAGCAUCUUUGGACUGGUCAUCCUCCUGGGUCUUACCUGGGGAUUUGCCCUGUUUGCCUGGGGACCACUCUACCUGCCUUUUGUCUAUCUGUUUUGUAUCUUCAACUCUCUACAAGGUUUGUUUAUCUUUGUGUUCCACUGUGCCAUGAAAGAGAACGUCCAGAGACAGUGGAGGAUGUAUCUGUGCUGUGGUAGACUCAGGCUGCCUGAAAACUCCGACUGGAGUCGAACAGCGACCCACAACAACAAGUCCACAUCCUAUGGCAUGAUGUCGACCUCGGCAGCUCACCCCAUCGUCAGCAACGCCUCCAUCAUCAGCGAUGCCAACAGCAGCGGCUCGGUGUUUACAGACAGUGGCAUUUCUGACGGCUCAAACAGUGAUGUGGUUUGGAAUGAGCGCCACAGACUAAACAUGACUCUACAAGGGUCCCUCUGACAUCGGCUACUCACCACAACUAUAAUGCACAUAGUAACACAUGGACUAUAGAGGUAAAGAGCCGCUCAUCUCAUUCAAACACACAGUAUUUAACAUUAAGGACACUUAGCAAGCCUUUUAGGAAGAGGUUUGGAAGGUCAAAGAAGUUUCAAUAAAAAGUUCACGUGAAGCUUAAAAUAAUUAUGGAAUAUCAGAAUAAAACAUGACAUUUUGAAUCUUAAAGCUGCACUAUGUAACUUUUGUUGCAGAGGGCCUGCCACUUGCUGGUCAUCAUGGAAAUGUUUGUCUGUUUUACAAUAGAGGACUGAACUUCUCUGUCAUAUUUAUAUAAUUACAGGUGAUUUCAUUGCUAAAAUAUCUUGAAAAACAAGAUCAGUCUGACAUGUGACUUGGCCUUGUGCUGCCACUUGCUUGUCUCCA